CCGGCGGUUGGACGAUGGCGGAGGACAGUGAGUCGGCGGCAAGUCAGCAGAGCCUGGAGCUGGACGAUCACGACACCUGCGGCAUCGACGGAGACAACGAGGAGGAAAAUGAGCAAACGCACAGAAGUCCUGGAGGGGAAACUGGAGCCAGAAAGAAGAAGAAAAAGCAGAAAAAGAAGAAAGAGAAGCCUAGUUCUGCGAGCACCAAGUCAGAUUCUGCCUCCGAUUCACAGGAAAUCAAAGUUCAACAGCCCGCUUCAAAAAAUCCCUCCGUUCCAAUGCAAAAGCUUCAGGACAUUCAAAGAGCAAUGGAAUUGCUUACAGCAUGCCAAGGCCCUGGCAAGAGUCUGGAGGAGGCCAGUCAACACAGAUACCACUUCUGGGACACCCAACCGGUACCCAAACUUAAUGAGGUUGUGACAACUCAUGGUUCUAUUGAACCAGAUAAAGAGAAUAUCCGUCAAGAGCCAUAUUCAUUGCCUCAGGGCUUCAUGUGGGAUACUCUGGAUAUGGGCAGUUCUGAAGAGCUGAAAGAAUUAUAUACAUUGCUAAAUGAAAAUUAUGUGGAGGAUGAUGACAAUAUGUUUAGAUUUGAUUACUCUCCUCAGUUUUUGCAGUGGGCACUUCGUCCUCCAGGCUGGUUACCACAGUGGCACUGUGGAGUUCGUGUAUCUUCAAAUAGAAAAUUAGUAGGAUUCAUUAGUGCAAUUCCUGCCAAUAUUCGUAUUUAUGAAACCGAGAAGAAGAUGGUUGAAAUUAAUUUUCUUUGUGUGCACAAGAAGCUGCGGUCAAAACGUGUUGCUCCAGUUUUAAUCCGUGAAAUUACACGAAGAGUGAAUUUGGAAGGGAUCUUUCAAGCAGUGUACACAGCAGGAGUGGUUCUUCCAAAACCUGUAGCGACAUGCAGGUAUUGGCAUCGAUCUCUAAACCCUAGAAAGCUGGUAGAAGUGAAGUUCUCUCAUCUCAGCAGAAACAUGACUUUACAGAGAACAAUGAAGCUGUACAGGUUACCAGAUACUCCCAAGACAACAGGUUUGAGGCCAAUGGAGCAAAAGGACAUGAAAAGAGUACAAGAGCUGCUCUUCAAUUACCUGAAGCAAUUUGAGCUUGCUCCAGUGAUGAAUGAGGAAGAAGUAGUCCACUGGUUGUUGCCCCGUGAAAACAUUAUUGAUACUUAUGUGGUAGAGGGUGCUAAUGGCGAGCUGACAGACUUUGUGAGCUUCUACACUUUACCUUCCACAGUUAUGCAUCAUCCCGUCCACAAGAAUCUUAAGGCUGCCUAUUCCUUUUAUAACGUUCACACCGAAACCCCAUUAAUUGAUCUUAUGAAUGAUGCACUAAUAAUUGCAAAAUCGAAAGGAUUUGAUGUGUUGAAUGCACUUGAUCUGAUGGAAAACAAGACAUUCCUAGAAAAAUUAAAAUUUGGCAUAGGUGAUGGUAACUUACAGUACUAUUUGUACAAUUGGAGGUGCCCAGACAUGGAACCUGAAAAGGUUGGUCUAGUUCUACAGUAGAACACCACUACUGCUGUAGAAGUCUCUUCAUUGAAGCCCAGGAUCCAAUAUCAUGCCUUUGUUCAGUGACAGUAUUCUACCAGCUCCUGUAAAAGGAGCUAUAGUUGCGACCAUGUUUUGCUUGCAACAGAAUGGAGACAAUUAAUUCUUUAUUUAGGAUUUGAUUUGUUGUGCAGUAAAGUGUUGCAUUAUUCUAUGGUGUUUCUUGGGAAUUGGAACCACUAUGAAUGUUACUUUUUAAUUAUUUGCAACCUAAAUAAGAUUUUUCAUUAAUGCCUAAAAUGAUUUUGAAUGCACUUUUGUUAAUUUCAAGAGGCUAAUCUACAUUUAGACAUUCAUGAAGAACAUGUUGCUGCUACAUGAGGUAAUGAGGAACUGAAGGCUUCUUCUGCAGAAUGACAACUCCGUCUUUUGUACAAAUAAAGUGCAGUAGUAAUUGUGAAGAAAAUUGUUAUUGUUAUAUCCACUGGGUGGUCUUGUACUGCCAGACAGAUUUAUAUUUAUUGAACGGUGUUUUUUUAAGUGUUCACUAUAGGAAUAUUGAAAGGCCUAUAGUGCAAGCUAAUUUUUAUCCAUUUGUCAUGUUUGUAAUAGAAAGUGGGAAUUUUUGCAAUAACUCGAUAGUGCAAAUUCAGAAUUUCCAGCAAUGCAAGUACAUUGGAAAAUGUCCCAGUCUAUUCCAUAUGCAUCUGCAAUGUCAACAAUGCAGUCUGGCUGCUCAUUGGUAGUGUUCAUGGCUUAUUUGUGAAAGAGGCUACAUUCCCCAUGUUUUUGUGUAAAGUUGGGGGCGAAGCUUUGUCACUGUUAGUUUCUAAGCUUUUUUUUUAAAAUGCCACCUGGCGUGGCCCGAUAGAAGUGGUGAAAGUGCUCACUUUACAGUUCAUAGAUCAGGGAUUGAUGUCUUGGAGCUGCUGACAUUUGAGAUGGGCGCCUGGUUUUGUGACUAAAUUUCAGAUCUGGGCAAACCACAACUGAAGUUAACAGAGUUGGUAGCAGUUAAGAGUAGCUGAAGGCUGCAUGUCAAAGCAAUGUCGCAGAUACAUGUAGACUUAAAAUAUUAAAACAAUCAUGAUGGAUGAGAAAUUUUCUCUUGCCAAAUCUCUUUUUUAUUCUCUACAUAUGAACAUUGGCUAUUUCAUUUUCUCCAGAUACCUUGAUAAUGGAGUCAGAUAUGUUUUUUUAAGCGUAAAUGCACAUGUGAAUACCUGACAAUGAAACUAAAUCAAAGGGAAGUUUUUUUUUAAUGAAAGCUGAAAGCUUUGUUCCAUGUUGUGUUUUGCACAAGUUAUGUUGAGAAGAAGGAUAUGGGGCUUGUUUGUUAAAGCAUGUUUAGCUGUUGAGCUUAAAACUUCGCCUGGUCAAAUGACAGGUUGUGUACAGUUUACUAUUAUUGCUAUGCAUGCUUCACUGAAAAGGCCCCCAAUAUGUGCUAAAAAUGACCUAUUCCUAAAUCAGUUCUGGAAUGGUUUAAAUGUUGCCAGAGAAAGAAUGUACUUUUCUGAUUUUAGUAAUGUUUGAGGUCACCAGCAUGACUGUUUGA